CACGCCGCCAUCCUCCGUCACCGGUUCCUCAUCGUCCGCGCCAAGGAGCUGCGGUGCGGCGCGGAGCAGAGCCGCCGCUUCUACCGGGAGCACGCAGGGCGUUUCUUCUACCAGCGGCUGGUGGAGUUCAUGGCCAGUGGCCCCAUGUGGGCUUACAUCCUGGCCCAUGAGGACGCUGUCCCUCUCUGGAGAUCCCUGAUGGGACCCACUAAAGUGUUCCGAGCCCGACACAGCGACCCAGACUCCAUCCGAGGUGCCUAUGGCCUUACAGACACCAGGAAUACGACCCAUGGCUCAGACUCGGCUGCCUCAGCCAGCAGAGAAAUUGCCUUUUUCUUCCCCGAGUUUGACGAGCAGCGCUGGUACGAGCAGGAGGAGCCGCGGCUGCGGCGGGGGCAGCUGUUCUACAGCGCCCAGGAGCGCGUGCACCGCGUGCUCGGGGCACAGCCAGCACAGGAGACAGUGUCAAAACUGAUUUUUGCUCUCCAAGGAAGUCUUACAGAAUGUCACAGUGGUGCUUGCCCCAUCCCUGGCAGUUUCCUGGGCUGAGUUGGAUGGGCCUGGAGCAGCCUGGAGCAGUGGGUGACAUCCCUGUUCAUGGCAGGGGCAUGGAGCUGGAUGAGCUGAAUGGUCCCUCCCAGCCCAGGCCAUUCCGUGCUGAUGGGUGUGUGUUGCAGCAGUAAAUCAGUCUCCCAGUUGGUCU